UGGGGGCCACAUGCUCCUCCUGCUGUUGCCUCUGCUGCUGGCCGCAGUGCUGACAAGAACCCAAGCUGACCCUGUCCCCAGGGCCACCAGGCUCCCAGUGGAAGCAAAGGAUUGCCACAUUGCUCAGUUCAAGUCUCUGUCCCCAAAAGAGCUGCAGGCCUUCAAAAAGGCCAAGGGUGCCAUCGAGAAGAGGCUGCUUGAGAAGGACAUGAGGUGCAGUUCCCACCUCAUCUCCAGGGCCUGGGACCUGAAGCAGCUGCAGGUCCAAGAGCGCCCCAAGGCCUUGCAGGCUGAGGUGGCCCUGACCCUGAAGGUCUGGGAGAACAUAAAUGACUCAGCCCUGACCACCAUCCUGGGCCAGCCUCUUCAUACACUGAGCCACAUUCACUCCCAGCUGCAGACCUGUGUGAGUCCUGGGUCCCUGGCUCCUCCUCAGUGUUCUCCAGCCACUUGGGCUUCUCCUGUGUCCCAGCAGCAGCCUCACAGUCCCCAUCCUCUAUCCACAGACACAGCUUCAGGCCACAGCAGAGCCCAAGCCCCCGAGUCGCCGCCUCUCCCGCUGGCUGCACAGGCUCCAGGAGGCCCAGAGCAAGGAGACUCCUGGCUGCCUGGAGGACUCUGUCACCUCCAACCUGUUUCAACUGCUCCUCCGGGACCUCAAGUGUGUGGCCAGUGGAGACCAGUGUGUCUGACCUGGAACCCUCCUGCCAGCUUCAGGAAUUCUUCACUGUGUGGAUGCACCAAGACCACACCUUAAUUUAUAGCUAUUCA